AUGCCUGCAUCCCGAAACAUGGCGCACAGCAUCGCGCAGUACACGGGGACGCGCAUCGACUCCUCCGCGAAGCACAUCGUCGCCUGCAAGGUGAACGGGAAGGUGUUUGAGCGGCUGGGGAACCAGGUGAAGCAGCUCACCGAUGACAAGUACCGCUACGCCAUGCAGAAGGACGAGCUCGUCCUGAGUGUUGCGCUGAUGACGGACGAGGACGUGGUGAGGGGCGCAGACCGGACGUUCCAGCGCACCUUCGUCAAGCACGCCUACCCUCCCGUGAUCACCACCCUGGGGGACAAGCUUCUGGAUGAGCACAAGACGGCCAUCCGAUUGUAUUACCGGAACCUCUCCUUCGAGAACGAGGACGAGGGGAUCGUCUACGAUAGGAAUGGGGUGGAUCACUUCUUCCCCUUCAAGUUCGACUUCGUCGGUGUCAGCGUCGGCACCGCCUAUGCCAGCGACCUGACGGGCGACCCCGUGGGCUCCGUCCUGAUUGGCGGGAUGAUGACGGUGCUGAACGGCCACUUCCCCUGCUACACCGGGGAGCUGGUCCAGUGGUACUUCGACUUCGAAUCGGAGGAGUUCGACCCGGACGGGAAGCGGAUCGUGCCUGCUGGGAUGGACCACCGUAUCCGGUACCCCAUCGGCGGAAGGGAGCACUUCUACCAGCAGCGCAUGUUCGGGGCGCACGCGGACGCGAACCGGGGGAAGCAGAACGUGGCGCUGAUCAAGCCCUUCCGAAAGAUCCGGGACCGAAGAAACUAUGCCUACGGGGACAAGGUGAGGGUGAUCGGCAGGAUCGUGAACGGGGGGCAGCCCUGGGAGCCCAUCGACAUCUUCCUGUCCAACACCUUCGUGUAG